AUGGAGCGGCGGCAAGCCAGCUUCAAGCUAGGCUCCACCUCGGGGUGGCGCUGGAAAUGCUGUCUGGGCAUCUCUCUCGCCCUGGCCUCUCUGCCUCGGGGCGGCCUCGCCUUUGCCAUGGAAGCCCUGGUGCGGGCCAUCCGAGACCGGAAGAGCAGCCCCGAGCAAGUCAGCGCUGCCGCGGCCAAGCUCCGGGAUGAGCACUUGCUGGAGGAACCUGGUGACUACCGCUACGUGCUCAACGCGUUGACGAAGCGAACUGCCUGGCAGGAUGCCCUGGGCAUCUGGGAUGAGAUGCGCUGGAUUGGCAGCGAGUUGGAGGAGCUAGACUUCCUCUAUGCCAUGGGCGCCUUCGCGAGAGGCAAGCACUGGCAGGAGGCCGUGGAGAUUUUCUCUGAGAUGCUGGGCAACCGGCCUCCACAUCUUUCCCUAGGUCGCCACCGCGAGAGCUUGCAGGCCGAUGUACGUGGUUAUACUGCCGCCAUCAAAAGCUGCAAGGGCGCUGGUGCAUGGCAAGUGGCUGUGCAGAUCUUACAAGACAUGGAGGACGUCGCCGUGACACCUGAUGUCAUGACCUACAACACCGUCAUGUCUGCCUGUGAGAAGGGCCGUGACUACGAUGCGGCUGAACGGGUCAUGUCCGAAAUGUGUAGGUGGGCUGUGCCACCAGACAGAGUCACCUACGGUACGCUGAUUUCAGCCUGCGGAUGGGGCCAGCAAUGGCAAAGAGCAAUAGCCUACCUGAGAAUCUUGGCGCAUGAAGGAGGCAAUGCAUGCCUCUUCAAGAAUCAUACGAGUAGCAGUGGGGGCAGCUUGUUUCAGUUUCUGUUGUUGUUGUCGACCGGGCGUCUUCGCUUGGACUCAGGACGUGCGCAGCAAUCGUACUUCGAUCAUGACGUGUAUGCCUGCACGGCAGCUGCCUCGGAACACCUUGUCAAUUAG